AUGAAGAGGAACUGGUCUGUGAAGCCUGACUCCUCUGGGCUUCCAGAAGCACCCACCAGGCUACUCUAUUCUUCUUGCUCCGCGGAGAGGACUCUACAGUGCAGCUGUUCCUUCCGUGGGAUCCCCACACCCUCCGUGCAGUGGUGGAUGGAAGGUUCUCUUGUGGAUGAGAACAACACAGUUGGCGACCUCCAGGUGACUUCCACCAUAAUUGCCCCCUGGGCCAACAGCACCAUCAGCUUGGCGGAGAAGCCAAAAAUGAGCAUGAAGCUUCUCUGUAAGGGGAAGAACCAAAAUGGAACCCAGGCUUUGAGCAUCCUACUGAUACCAAGAAAGAGUCCUUCAUCCAGCAAGACCUUCAUUAAUGGGAUGAUCCAGGGCAUUGUCUACGGAGCCAUUGCAACUGCAUUGAUGUUCCUCUGCCUCUCCCCACUCAUAAUGAAAUAUAUCAGAAUGAAGCUGACAAAGGAAGUUGCAGCAAUCAAAGCAGAAAACAACCCUACAGUCAGACCAAGCCAAGAAGCCAAGAUGCCUCUGAAGCCUAAAGAGCCAGAAAAAUCCACAAUCAGCCCAUCUUCAGAGAACCAAAUAUUGCAUCCCUUACCCUAAACUUCCAGAAAAAGGAAAAUAAACUGGAACUGAUGACACCUGUGAAGACUACAUGCCUACCUGGAGUCCCCACUGUCCAUGGAAUUAUCACAGUCUACAGAAUUCUCAGCAGCCCCAGAAACCCUGGAGUCUAUGACAAUCCCAAAGAUCCCUAAAGCCCCACCUGUCCCUCACACUGGUUCUCCAUUGAAUAGGGUUACUUUGGGACCUGGUCUUAGAACAUUUGACAGCAAACUCUAUGAUUUGCUGUUCAGGUUAACUAGAAGAAAUAUUCUCUGGCCUGGGAUGGUGUCAAAGGAAGGGAAAAUUAAUGUGAGACCAUGGUCCACCGAAAAGUAGCUUUUGAGCCCCUACUGUAUGCCCAGAACCUACUGUAUGCUCAGGCUUUAGACCCAUCAUACAUGGAUUGAAUACCAACUUCAGGGCUUAGUGGCUAUAUGUCUUUGGAUAAGACCUUUCACCACUGCCCUGAGAGAUACAUGGGUAGAGAGUGAGUGAAAGGUGGUGUCCAGAGGUAGAGGUGGAGAAAAGACACAAAGUGAGUCCAAGGGCCUAGAUGGAGUCUAUGCACUGGAGCUUAGAUGGAAGGCUGAGUUCCUGAGGUCGCUGAAUGCUAAGAUAAGGCAUUGGAGCUUUAUCUGGUAGGAUCUUAAUCCUGACUCCCUUAGAAUGUAAGUUCCACAAGAACAGGGAUUUUGUCUUGUUUUCUGCUUGUACCAGCAGCACCUAGAAUGGUUCCUAA